AUGCCCCAGCCAGCUUGGAACGCAACGCAAACGCAGCGCAACGCCACGCCUCGCUUGCGUGCUCGCUCGCUUGCUUGCUUGACUUUCUCUCCGUUGCCUUUACUCCAUGCCGAGGCCGAGCCGACGCAAGGCCCGCAUAGUGCCUUGGAUGGCUUUGCUACGGACCAGCAUCUCCGGUCGGCAGUCGGUGUCGGUCAAAAGCAACCAUUGUCUUGUGUCUCCCAACUGAGUCUCGCACGCGGCGUGGGAAAACCCGCCCGAGGUGGUUUUCCAGGGAUGCGAUGCCGCGAAACGAGGCGGUUUCGAAACGCACCCGGCUUCACAUUCCUGGGGCGCAACAACCGCUGUCGCAUGGCACGGCACGGGCGCCGGUCUUGUCGCGAGACUCGUCGCAAGCCGGUUUCACCAACAACGCCUGGCUUGUAUGGUGCUGGCGCUGGCGCUGGCGCUGUCGCUGGGCCGGUCGCCUCUGCAUUGCAUCUCGACGGACUUAUAAAUGGCCGGUCGACAGAAGGCAUCGCGCAGCUCGGCGCACCACAAGUCAUUGCCGAGACGACCUGGCGUCCGUCUUGCUUCCUUUUUCUCCUCCAUUUCAAAUUUCUGCUCGUUAAACCGGCACUGGUGCCAGUUUUUUUGAUUAUCCACCCGCAUCUCUCUCUUUGCUGA